AUGGCUGGAGAUAUCCCUACGAACGGCGACACGGAGACCCGGGCCGCUUCCGGGUCCGGCUCCGAGGUCCCGACGACGGACGACGGCGUCAGCAAGCUCUCGCUCGCUACGCUUACUGUUCACGCCGAUGACGGCAUCAGCAGCCACCGCGCCAUCGCGCCGGCGAUGCAUGUGUCGACGACGUUCAAGUACAACCGUAACCCGGAUGAGCUCCGGUAUGGAGAGAAUGUCGAUCCCUCUGCCCCGGGCGACUCCCACGUCUACUCCCGCUACUCGGGCCCCAACACAACCCGCCUCGAGGCAAUCCUCUCUACCGUACUUGGCGGCCCUUCCCUGACCUACUCCUCGGGCCUCUCCGCCUUCCAUGCCAUGCUCGUCUUCCUCAACCCGAAGCGCGUGGCUAUUGGCGGCGGUUACCACGGCUGCCACGGCGUCAUCAAGAUCCUCACCAAGCUCAACGGCCUAAAACAAGUCGAGCUCGAUGAGGCCUCGCUGGAGCAGCUCGAGGCGGGCGACGUGCUGCACGUCGAGACGCCGCUGAACCCCACGGGCGAGGCGCGGAACCUGGCUUACUUCCGCGAGGUGGCCACCCGCAAGGGCGCGUACCUGACGGUCGACGCCACGUUUGCGCCGCCGCCGUUGCAGGAUCCGUUUGCGCUUGGCGCGGAUGUGGUGAUGCAUUCUGGGACAAAAUACUUUGGCGGCCACUCGGAUAUGUUGUGUGGUACGCUGUCGCUGAACCCAAGGCACGCGGACAAGUGGAUGCCGGAGCUGUUGAUGGAGCGGUGCUUUAUCGGGAGCGUGAUGGGGAGCAUGGAGGGGUGGCUUGGUGUGCGGUCGAUGAGGACGCUGGAGUUACGGGUCAAGAGGCAGUCCGAGUCGGCGACGAAGCUUGUCGCGUGGCUUGACGGGGAGGUUCGGGGGAACCCCGGGGGCUUGGUGGGCAGCGUUGUGGACAAGGUUCAGCAUGCGAGUUUGCAGAAGGCGGAUCUCGAGGGAGGCGAUCAGUGGUUGAGGAAGCAGAUGCCUGGCGGGUUCGGGCCCGUGUUUGCGUUGUUGCUCAAGGACGAGGGGGAUGCCAAGAGGUUGCCGAGCAAGAUGGCGCUUUUCCACCAUGCUACGUCACUUGGAGGUGUUGAGAGUCUCAUCGAGUGGCGCGCCAUGAGCGAUAGCGGGUGUAGCAAGAGGUUGUUGCGGGUUAGCGUUGGUGUUGAGGGGUGGGAGGAUCUGAGGGAUGAUUUGGUGCAGGCGUUCAAGGAGCUGGCGGAGGAGAAGAAGAAGAGGGUUUAA